CACACGCAAAGUUGCAUAAUCGGUCAUGAAGUCAACGGUCGCACGAUUAGGUGUUCAAUAACCAGGUGGUAAGAAUGGAGUCGCAUUACACUGAUAUAUCCAUUAAUUAUGAUUACCUAUACGAGCCAUUCUACAAAGCCAACGUACCAAUCAUCAUCGACAAACUACAACUGAUACCAGACGAUCUGCUAUUGGACAUUGGUGCUGCUACCGGUCAACAAGCACAUCUGGUAUGGAAGCAAGUGGGACUCAAGAAUCCUGUCACGUGUUUGGAGCCUUGUCAAGGAUUCUUUGAACACGCAUGCAAACUGGAUGGUAUUGUACCUGUGAUGCAAGGAGCAGAACAGUUUUGUGAUCAUCUAGUUCAAGAUCACGUUGCUAUAGACAAGCAUCGAUUCAACAAGGUACUGCUUUUUGCUGUAGCUCAUCAUUUUGAUAACAUCCCCAAAGUUCUAACACAGAUCUUUAACUACCUACCAACGAAUGGCAUUUGCGCUAUCAUCAAUCAUCCAUCUAGUGGAAUAUCUCUACCAUUCACGGCUAUUCAUGUACAACAUUUUGCGGAGACGCCGGAUUUUCUGGACGACAUAGUCUCUUGUGCCAAAAGUCGGGAUGACGUCAUCACAAAAGUGACCAAUGAGAAGGCUAGAUUCAGGAUUCCCAAAAGUAGGUGGUACUACAUGAUUCGCAAUCGUUUUUGGUCAAGUUUCCGUAGAUACACGGAUGAAGAGAUCGAAGAAAGCGUCAAAGAGCUGGAUAAUGGGAGAUUUAAAGACGUCAAGGAUGACGAGCUAAUUGAUAUAGUAGAUACAUUGGCUUGUGUCCAAAUCACAAAGAAAUGAGUUCUGAGCUGUCAUUUUUGAAUGUGCUUUUUAACUACUAAACUUUGCGUAAGAAUUGUGUUUAGAACUUUGUAAGUCUUGAAUUUGAUCAACCGCUAUAGCUGCGUCAAUUCCUGAGUACGCGCUAAUUUGCGCAUUUUACUGGUGUGAAAUGAUUUAGAAAACGUUCGUGCAAUUUAGACUCCCAUGCUAUUUGAGUAAACCCUUUGUCAAUAUUCAUGUUUCAAAUAAUGGUCUCACAUGCCACCCAAAACACCAAAUAAGAAUGGAAUAAGAAUGAUGAAAGAGUUAUAAUUAUAUUCUAGAUCUAUUGUAUCUUAAUUCAAAAACUCA